GGGCGGAUCCGGCCGCUGCCGGGCGGAUGGGAGCUGCGCGAGGAGACGGGCGCGCGUGGAGAGGGCGCGGGAGUUGGCAUUCGGUGGUCCUGGCAGUUAGCUGAGCGCGCCCUCUGAGCCGCUCGUUGGACACCAGGCACUCUAGUAGGCCUGGCCUACCCAGAAACAGCAGGAGAGAGAAGAAACAGGCCAGCUGUGAGAAGCCAAGGACACCGAGUCAGUCAUGGCACCUAAGGCGGCAAAGGGGGCCAAGCCAGCGCCAGCUCCACCUCCACCCGGGGCCAAACCCGAGGAAGAUAAGAAGGACGAUAAGGAGCCAUCGGACAAACCUCAAAAGGCGGUGCAGCCCAAGCACGAAGUGGGCACGAGGAGGGGGUGUCGCCGCUACCGGUGGGAAUUAAAAGACAGCAAUAAAGAGUUCUGGCUCUUGGGGCACGCUGAGAUCAAGAUUCUGAGUUUGGGCUGCCUAAUAGCGGCAAUGAUACUGUUGUCCUCACUCACCGUGCACCCCAUCUUGAGGCUUAUCAUCACCAUGGAGAUAUCCAUCUUCAGCUUCUUCAUCUUACUGUACAGCUUUGCCAUUCAUAGAUACAUACCCUUCAUCCUGUGGCCCCUUCAGGACCUCUUCAACGACCUGAUUGCUUGUGCGUUCCUUGUGGGAGCCGUGGUCUUUGCUGUGAGAAGUUGGCGAUCCAUGAAUCUCCACUACUUAUUUGCUGUGAUCCUUAUUGGUGCGGCUGGAGUUUUUGCUUUUAUCGAUGUGUGUCUUCAAAGAAACCACUUCAGAGGCAAGAAGGCCAAAAAGCAUAUGCUGGUUCCUCCUCCAGGAAAGGAAAAAGGACCCCAGCAGGGCAAGGGACCAGAACCCGCCAAGCCACCAGAACCUGGCAAGCCACCAGGGCCAGCAAAGGGAAAGAAAUGACUUGGAGGAGGCUCCUGGUGUCUGAAACGGCAGUGUAUUUUACAGCAAUAUGUUUCCACUCUCUUCCUUGUCUUCUUUCUGGAAUGGUUUUC